ACAUCAUGGGGAUCAAAAAACAUGAGCUUGUGUAUUAUGCUGACAUUUUAUGAAAGUUUGGGUAGAAUUUGUGGCGGCAGCAGCAGCGGUUAGUGCCCUCGAAUCGGUGUGCAAAAAAUAACGAUGAAUAUUUGAGCCUCACGUUCUCCCUCCUUCUCUCUCUGCAUUUUCUUUCUAUAAAAUGCAACGCAACCAGAGAGAGAGAGAGAGAGAGACAGGACGAGGAGUAGGGGACUUGUUGGAGUUACAUUUAGAAAGACACGCAAGAUCAAAUGAGGAGAAAAAGGAAGGAAAAUUUUUGGGAACAUGAACCCAGCUUGAGACACGUGGCAAUAUAUAAGUGGGUAGGUGCAAUUUGACGGGCUUUCGCUAGCUUUCACUGUCUCUCUCAUGCGCUGAAAUGUCAUAGUGUAACCCCGUCCUAAGACCCCGGCGAAACCCUUUCUAUAGUGUGUAUCUUGCUUAACCCGUCAAUUUCUGAGGACAUUAGACAGCAAAGAUUGGUUUUUGAUCCACAGCAAAGAUUGGAUGCUGAGGAUUUGUAGUGGCUUAAGUUGCUCUUUUGGAGCUUUGAUGCUGCUUCCUAUCUGAUGCAUGGCAUGUGUUGUGGGGAUGCUUCUGGCAAAUGUAAAACAAAAUUAAAAGAUGAAGGAUAACGGCUCAACAAGUAGCAAAAUGAUAAGCAGAAACUGGGUCUUGAAGCGAAAACGAAAAAAGAUUCUAUAUGGACGAGUUGUUUCUACUAGUAAAGAAGAUAACCUGGAGUCUCCAAGGAAUACUUCUGCUGCUAAACGCAGGCCAAAGAGUGAACUAAGUUCUGAUCUAUCUACAUCCAAGAAGAAAGGAAAUGAUGGGUAUUACUAUGAAUGUGUAAUAUGUGAUCUUGGUGGCAACUUGUUGUGCUGUGAUAGCUGUCCCCGGGUGUAUCAUCUACAAUGCCUUGAUCCACCUCUAAAGCGCAUUCCAAUGGGAAAAUGGCAAUGCCCAAAGUGCUCUCAAAAAAAUGACCCGCUGAAGUCCAUUAACCCAAUGGGUUCCAUUUCAAAACGUGCAAGAACAAAAAUUGUCACUACAAAUUCUAGGACUGGAGUAAAGUCAUCAGUAGCUGACAAAGUAUCUGCUCUCUUUGGAAGCUCCAUUGUCUCCAAGCGAAGGUCCUCCUGCAAAGGGAAAUCUGUUCUAACAGUAGGAUCCAAAUCCGUGGAAAAAGACCCCGAUUCCUUGUUAUAUGUAUCUUCUAGCUCCAAGCCAAGUGAUCCAUCUGCUCUUGGUUCUGUAGAUGGCACUUCAUUGCAUGUGAACAUUGAUGAAAAGAAACCUCCUGCAUCUCCAAAGGAGUCAUCAGCAGGGAAGAAAUCAAUUGCCCUUGCUGACAAACUUUUGUCUCAUUCUAAACUUGCUGAAUCCGAGCCAAAUAAAGACUUUUCUGGUGAGAAGCUUGUCUUGUCUUGCGAUAAUGGAUCUCCAAGAAAGAAAAUUGUUCUUGCAAUUGGUGCAACCUCUGAGAACAGGAAAAGAAAGCUUGAAGGCUGUAGUGUGGUCAGUUUUAAGAAGCACAGGACCAACAAGGGAAAACGCACUUCCAAAAAAAAUAGAUCCAAAACCAAUACUGCAAGUUCCGGGACUCAUAAAUCGAAUCAGAAACAGAAAGCUGUUAAUCAUGAGGUUUCUGUAUUUGUGUCAGCAGAAGAUGUUGAACUCAAGAACUUAGAUUUGCAGAAGGAUGAGAAGAAUCCCGUGGAAGUUGAACAAACAUUAGAAGAGUCAUAUAAAGCAGAGGUUCAUGUGGAAGAAACCCAGAAAUGUGAAGAUAUUAUCAUGACCGAACUUCAGCAGGUUGAUCGGGUAUUGGGCUGUCGGAUUCAGGGUGAUAAUACAAGCUCGUCAUGUGUUACAUUUCAGAUUACCAAAAACGACCAGCUUUCUGAUGAAUUGCUUAUUCCAGAUUUUGAAAAUGGACACCUAGAGGUAAAAGCUGUUUGUGAUGUGGAUUCAGAUGUGGGGAUUGCUGAAAAUCAUGUUGAGGGUCAUCCUGGCAUUAUUGAAAGUUCUGAGAAGGAUGUAAGUGUGAAGAAUGACAUCAGAGUGGACACAAUACGUGUAUACAGAAGAUCUGCAAGCAAAGAUUGUAAAGGAGGGAACAACAAGGAUUUACUAGGGAAGGAUGGAAAGGAUUCAGGUUCUGGAGUCAUAAGUGGUACGAAUCAAGAUGAAUCUGCAAUAACGACAGAAGUAACAGUGAGAAUACAUGAAAAUCCGGUGAUUGAAGAAAUCACCAAUUUUUGUUUGGAAGGCUCUAGGGUUCAAAUUUCUGAAGUUUGUGAAAUGCAUGUCUCUUCUAAAAUCAAAGACAGAAAAGAAGAUGUGGAAAUCAAAACUUGUGGUGGUGAAAAUAAAGUACUGAAGCCUACCAUGGAAGAACCAAUAUGUGCGAACAAAGGAACAACAUCUUAUGAAUUCCUAGUUAAGUGGGUUGGGAGGUCUCAUAUACAUAACAGUUGGAUUUCAGAAUCCCAGCUAAAAGUUCUUGCAAAGAGAAAACUAGAGAAUUAUAAGGCUAAGUAUGGAAAUGCUGUGAUAAAUAUCUGUGAGGAGAAGUGGAAGCAGCCCCAGCGGGUAAUUGCUCUCCGUGGUUCUGAGGGCAGCAGGGAAGCUUUUGUAAAAUGGACUGGUCUUCCUUAUGACGAAUGCACUUGGGAAAGUGUGGACGAUCCUAUUGUCAAAAAAUCAAUUCAUCUGAUCGAUCAGUUUGAUCAACUUGAACACCGGGCAUUGGAAAAAGAUUCUGCAAGGGAUGAUCUACGGAAAGGGAGAUGUGAUGGUCUGCAAAAUGAAAUUGCUACUCUGGUGGAGCAACCAGAGGAGCUAAAAGGAGGCUCCUUGUUCCCUCACCAGCUCGAGGCAUUGAAUUGGUUGCGGAAGUGUUGGCAUAAAUCCAAAAAUGUGAUACUUGCUGAUGAGAUGGGGCUGGGAAAAACAGUAUCUGCUUGUGCUUUUAUUUCAUCUUUGUAUUUUGAGCUCAAAGUUUCUCUUCCCUGCUUGGUCCUGGUUCCACUUUCGACAAUGCCUAACUGGCUCUCUGAGUUUGCACUGUGGGCUCCCAACUUAAAUGUUGUGGAGUACCAUGGGUGUGCAAAAGCAAGGGCCAUGAUUCGCCUGUAUGAAUGGCAUGCUAGUGAUCCCAAUGAGAUGAACAAGAAAACCACUUCCUACAAAUUUAAUGUUCUUUUAACCACUUAUGAAAUGGUUCUUGCAGAUUCCACUUAUUUGCGUGGAGUUCCUUGGGAAGUUCUUGUAGUUGAUGAGGGCCAUAGACUUAAGAAUUCAGGGAGCAAGCUGUUCAGUUUGCUCAAUACGUUCUCUUUCCAACACCGUGUUCUUUUGACUGGUACCCCUCUUCAGAAUAACAUUGGUGAGAUGUAUAAUUUGCUCAAUUUCUUACAGCCAGCUUCAUUCCCCUCUUUAUCUUCCUUUGAGGAGAAAUUUAAUGAUCUCACAACGACUGAAAAAGUGGAAGAACUGAAGAAACUUGUUGCACCACAUAUGUUAAGAAGGCUUAAAAAGGAUGCUAUGCAAAAUAUCCCCCCCAAGACAGAACGAAUAGUUCCUGUUGAGUUGUCUUCUAUCCAAGCUGAGUAUUACCGAGCAAUGCUAACGAAGAAUUAUCAAAUGUUACGGAAUAUUGGGAAAGGAGUUGCACAACAAUCGAUGCUAAACAUUGUGAUGCAGCUGAGAAAAAUUUGCAAUCAUCCAUAUCUCAUACCAGGUACUGAGCCUGAUUCUGGGUCAUUAGAAUUUCUUCAUGAAAUGCGAAUAAAAGCUUCAGCCAAGCUGACUCUGCUGCAUUCCAUGCUCAAGAUCUUAUACAAGGAAGGGCAUAGAGUUCUAAUUUUUUCACAAAUGACCAAACUUCUUGAUAUCCUUGAGGAUUAUUUGAACAUAGAGUUCGGCCCAAAAACAUAUGAGAGAGUGGAUGGUUCUGUAUCAGUCUCUGAUCGCCAGACCACAAUUGCAAGAUUUAACCAAGAUAAAAGUCGAUUUGUUUUCCUGUUGUCAACACGCUCAUGUGGCCUUGGAAUCAAUUUAGCAUCCGCGGACACUGUCAUUAUUUAUGAUUCCGAUUUCAACCCACAUUCUGAUAUCCAAGCUAUGAAUCGAGCACAUCGAAUUGGGCAAUCCAAUAGACUUCUGGUGUACAGGCUUGUUGUUCGUGCCAGUGUUGAAGAGCGCAUCUUGCAACUUGCUAGAAAGAAACUAGUGCUUGAUCAGCUCUUUGUGAAUAAGUCUGGGUCUCAGAAGGAAGUGGAAGAUAUUCUACGAUGGGGAACUGAAGAACUUUUUAGUGAUUCUUCAAGCAUGAAUGGGAAAGAUAACAGUGAGAAUAAUGUCAACAAAGAUAAAGAUGAUGCAAUAGCAGAUCCGGAGCAAAAGCAGAGGAAGAGGGGUGGUGGCCUUGGGGACGUGUAUCAGGAUAAAUGUACAGAUUGUGGCAACAAGAUUGUGUGGGAUGAAAAUGCAAUAUCAAAGUUACUUGACCGCUCAAACCUCCAGUUGGCAACAACUGAUGCUGCUGAAGGAGAUUUUGAGAAUGAUAUGCUUGGCUCAGUAAAGUCCUUGGAAUGGAAUGAUGAAACAACAGAAGAGCAAGGGGGAGCUGAAUCGCCAGUUGUUGUUGAUGAUACCUGUGGACAAAAUCCUGAAAGGAAAGAGGAGAAUGGGAUAAAUAUCACUGAAGAAAAUGAAUGGGACAGGCUUUUGCGUGUAAGAUGGGAGAAGUAUCAAACCGAGGAGGAAGCUGCUCUUGGUCGAGGGAAACGCUUGAGGAAAGCUGUCUCUUACAGGGAAGCUUAUGCUCCGCAUCUAAAUGAAACAUUGAGUGAGAGUGGUGGUGAAGAGGACCGAGAACCAGAAGUGGAGCCUGAGCGGGAAUAUACACCAGCUGGAAGAGUUCUAAAGGCAAAAUAUGCUAAGCUUCGUGCUAGACAAAAAGAACGCCUUGCUCAGCGGAAUUCAAUUGAAGUAUUUCAUCCUAAUGAGGGGCCUCCUAUACCUGAGUUGGUUCCUCGUUGUCGUCCUGCCAAAAACACGGAUGGGAAUCAGGCAGUGGAGUUUGCUCAACAAGGCAGGGAGAAAAGGUCUUUUGUGAUUGACUUAGAGGAUUAUGAGUUCACUCAGCCAGAUGCAACAAGGAGUAAUGCCGAUGCAGCCAUAAAGUCGGGCCACCAAUCUAAUCAUAAGUUGAGAGGUCAUCUGGAUCUUUCUAUUAAUUCUCUUGGACACCCCUCUGACACAAAACUUCCAGCUCACCAAAAUCAGGGCACAGGCAAUGCAAACUUGCUUCUUUCCAACAACCUGUUACCAGUUCUAGGACUCUGUGCUCCCAACGCCAACCAAUUGGAUUUGUUGCACAAAAACUCUUCAAGAUCGAAGGGUCGACAAAGCAAGCCAGUGACUGGGCCAGAAUUUCCAUUUAGUCUACCUUCUUGCUCUGGAACAUCAAUUGAGAUGGAUGUAAAACAUCAGGAGACUACAUCAGACAAGCCAAAAUUGCUAGAUGCAUCAGCUGAAGUUUUGCAACAACGUCUUAAAAAUAACUUAUCAGAUGGUUGGCACCCGUUUAGUCCGGUAUUCUUUUGUCCACCACCUAUAUCACAUGGGAAAGAUUCUGAUCGUUUGGAAGGUUCCAGUUCCAGUUUUGCUGGUUUUCAGGAAAAGAUGUCACUGCCAAACUUGCCUUUUGAUGAGAAAUUGCUGCCCAGAUUCCCACUUCCUUCCAAGAGCAUACCUAGUACACAACAUGACUUACUACCCAGUUUGUCCCUGGGGAGAAGACUUGAAGCUGUAAAUGACUCUAUGAGAGACCUUCCAGCAAUGCCGUUGUUGCCCAAUUUGAGAUUUCACCCUCAAGAUGCAAUAAGAUAUAAUCAGCUGGAGAAGGAUGUUCCUCCCACACUGGGUUUGGGUCAGAUGCCAUCCCCUUUUCCAUCAUUUCCUGAAAACCACAGAAAGGUACUUGAGAACAUAAUAAUGAGGACUGGCUCUGGAUCAAGUAGCUUGUAUAGUAAGAAAUCAAAAGUAGAUGUCUGGUCUGAGGAUGAACUUGAUUUCCUCUGGGUUGGUGUUCGGAGAUAUGGAAGGGGUAAUUGGGAUGCCAUGCUUAGAGACCCCAGGUUAAAAUUCUCGAAGUACAAAACUUCAGAAGAUUUAGCAGUGAGGUGGGAGGAGGAGCAACUCAAGUUUUUGGACGGGUCUGCUUUCCCAUUGCUAAAGACACUGAAGGCAACAAAGUCCUCCAAAUCAUCCUUGUUUUCCAGUAUUCCUGAGGGAAUGAUGACACGGGCUUUGCAUGGAAGCAGACCAUCAAAGUUUCAAUCGCAUCUGACAGACAUGAAAUUGGGUUUUGGUGAUCUGUCUUCUAGCCUGCCACAUUUUGAGCCAUUGGAUCAACUUAGCUUGCGGAAUGAGCAUUUUAGCCCAAUUCCAACUUGGAAUCCAGAUGAACUGCAGGCGAAUUUUGUUGGAGAUUCUUCAGUAGGACCUUCUUUGCAUGUUUCCUCUGAAAAUCCAUUUCUGCUCAGUUCUUUUGGAGCAAGCAACUUGGCUUCUCUUGGUUUGAAUUCCUCAACCAGCUUUGAUUUACAGCGAAGAGAGGAAGAAUAUGAAACCAUGAAGUAUGGAAAAUUGCCUAGUCUUCUCGAUAAAUCAGUACACAUAUCGCGGGAUUCCCAGAAUAAUGUGGGAAUUGGUGAAUUAAGCAAUUCAGGUUUGUUCUUGCACCCAAGUAAAGUCCUGAAUCCAAUAAAUUCAAAGGGUAAAGAGGUGGUUGGAAGCAGUUCCUCUAACAAGUUGCCUCAUUGGCUUCGGGAAGCUGUUACUGCCCCUGUUAAACAGCCUGAACCUGAGCUGCCACCCACUGUAUCAGCAAUAGCACAAUCAGUUCGUGUACUAUAUGGAGAAAAUCAGCCAACUAUUCCUCCAUUUGUUAUUCCUGGUCCACCUCCCUCCCAACCAAAGGAUCCAAGAUGGAUUUUGAGGAAGAAAAAGAAGCGAAGGUCACAUAUGUUCAGGCAGUUCCCCCUAGAUACCAGGGGAAGUACCCAGGAUUUUAGAUUCGGCAUCCAUGGCAGUAAUGUUGCUUCCACCUCUUUCCCUCCACCGUUAGUUCCUGAAACUUCAGGCCGCCCAUGGAAUGAGUCUGACCUUAACCUGCCUCUUCCUAGUUUAAGCAAGAUGAAUUCAUUGACUUCAUCUGCUUAUUUAAACGUACAGAAGAAAACAACCAUGGGAUUGUCCCCCUCUCCUGAAGUUCUUCAAUUGGUGGCAUCCUGUGGUACCCCAGGCCCAAAUUUAACCUCCGGUUCUGGUACAGCAAGUUCAAGCAUCCAUGAAAGUAAAGUGCCCAUGCGAAAAUCUCUUGACCAAGUUGGAAUGUCAGAUUCUCAAGUUGCUUCGGAAGAAUGUAAGGAUACAGAGCGGUUGCCACCUCAGGUGCAGAGCAUGCUUCCAGAGAAGAGACCAGACCAACCUGAUAGUGGUGAUUCAAGCAAGACUGAGUCAGAUUUUUCUCCAAUAAAAAUGCCUGAUGUAGAGGACAUAUCUUCUGAGGGAACCGUAUCAGAUCAUCCUUUGAGUGAUCAUGUACCGUAGUUAAGGUAUGGGAUUGAAAUACGGAACAUCAUUAUUCUUUGAUGCAGGCUCUCCAGUUAAGUGCUCAAAGUUUUGUAGGCAUGACUCGAUGAGUGAUGAACUAGCAUAUAUAGGAUCAUUUAGGACAUCUUGUUUUAAGUUAUUGCAAGAGAAUGAAAUAUAUAGUCCCCCCCUGCUGGUAUUGCUGCAUCU